AUGGAAGUCAUUUCUGUAGAUAAUCAAGCCACGAAUAAGAUCAAGGAAAAAAUAUGGAAGGUUGCUACAACUCCAAAGAUUAGAUUCUUUAUGUGGAGAGCAUUGUCAGGUGCUUUAGCAAUUGCGGACUGUCUGCGACGUCAUGGGGUUAAUGUUCCUCCGAUAUGUCAACUCUGUAAUGGUGCAUCGGAAACAGUAUCACAUGUGUUGUUUGAGUGUAUUAUAGCGCAGCAGGUCUGGCUAAGCACGGGGCUGCCUCUCUGGCCUGUGUAUGCGAUGCACUCUGUUUCAGAACGGUUUGCUCAUCUACUGAAGUUGAUGGAAAGGCAAGACUUGGAUACAAGUGUACGUGAGGCCAUUCCAUGGCUCUUAUGGGAAAUUUGGAAAGCCCGAAACUCCACAUUGUAUGCAGCGAAGACCAACUCUCCUCAGUUUAUUGUUGCAACGGCGUUGGAAGAGGCUAGAGAAUGGUUACAACAAAACUUGGUGGCUCAACAGGAUCGAAGCCGCAGCCUGAAUCAUUUUUCCACGGGCGAGAGAAGAUGGUCUAAACCAGCUCCGGGUAAGCUUAAAUGUAAUAUUCAUUCUUCUUGGAUUAGGGAUUCCUUUCACAUUGGAGGAGCUUGGUUAUUACGUAAUCAUCUGGGAGAGGCUGUUUUUCAUGCUCGAGAUGCUUUCCUCCCCAUGGUCAACCGCUUAGCUGCAGAGUUACAUAUUAUCCUAUGGUGUGUAUGA